AUGGCAGCCCGUGCAACAAUAUUACGAGGCGGAUUUCGGCCUUCCGUUGAAUCCGUUCAGCCUAUCUUGUCCAAAUCUGCCAUGCAAAUCGACGGGACUGCCCUUGCAAAGACCAUCCGCGAUGGCGUUGCCGCGAAAAUAGCAGCAAAACAGGCCCAAUUUCCCCGCUUCCAGCCCCAACUCGCCAUUGUCCAAGCAGGCGAACGACCCGACUCAUCGGUGUAUGUCCGAAUGAAGGCAAAGGCAGCAGAGGAGGUUGGAAUCAAGUUCCGCCAUGUCGCUCUCCCAGCGACAUCAUCGGUCGACGAGGUUAUCGCAACAGUCAAGCAGCUCAAUGCAGACGACCAAGUCAGUGGCAUCCUCGUCCAGCUACCACUUGGCGAGCAUGUAUCUCCCGAGGGCGAGCGCCUGGUUACCGAAGCUGUCAGUCCAGAGAAGGAUGUCGAUGGCUUCCACGCCUACAACAUCGGUCAUCUGUCCUCCCGCGCUUCUGUGCCUCUUUUCUCUCCAUGCACUCCAUCAGCCGUAAUCCGUUUACUCGAGUCCACUGGGGUCUCGUUAGUUGGUGCAAACGCCGUUGUCCUCGGUCGCAGUGAUAUCGUUGGCAGCCCUGUCGCGUCUAUGCUGAGGAAUCGCGACGCAACAGUCACUCAAUGCCAUAGCAAGACCAAGAACAUCGCAGACAUCGUUAAAACUGCCGAUAUCUUGGUUGCCGCUGUUGGCAAGGCUCAAUUCGUGCAGGGCUCGUGGAUCAAGCCAGGCGCUGUGGUCAUCGAUGUGGGAAUCAACUACAUCCCUGACGCUACGAAAAAGUCGGGUCAACGACUAGUCGGCGAUGUAGACUUUGCGUCUGCAUCCGAAGUCGCUAGCCAUAUCACGCCUGUCCCAGGUGGUGUUGGACCUAUGACCGUGGCCAUGUUGAUGGAAAACACUUUACAUUCUGCUGAGCGCCUUUGGGAAAAACAACGGUCACUCAAGAUCAGGCCGCUCCCGCUCAACAUUCUGGAAAAGGUCCCCAGUGACAUCGAGAUUGCGAUGGCGCAUACCCCCAAGCGUAUUACGGAACUCGGUCUGGAAAUCGGCCUGCUUCCAGACGAGCUCGAAAGCUAUGGAAAAUACAAGGCCAAAGUCGAACUCAGUGUCCUUGAACGACUGGCCCAUCGCAAGAACGGUAAAUAUAUUGUUAUAUCUGGCAUAACGCCCACACCCCUUGGCGAGGGUAAAUCCACGACCACAAUAGGACUUGCACAGGCCCUCGGUGCAGAGCUUAGUCGUCCGGCCUUUGCCUGCGUCCGUCAACCGAGUCAAGGACCAACCUUCGGUAUCAAGGGUGGCGCUGCGGGAGGUGGCUACAGUCAGGUCAUUCCUAUGGACGAGUUUAACCUCCAUCUCACUGGUGAUAUUCAUGCUGUUACUGCUGCAAACAACUUGCUUGCGGCUGCUUUGGAUGCUAGGAUGUUCCAUGAAGCUACACAAUCAGACAAAGCAUUGUACUCGCGUUUGGUACCCACUAAGAAAGGCAAACGCGAGUUUGCUCCUCUUAUGCUUAAGCGGCUUCAGAAACUGGGUAUUAACAAGACGGAUCCGAACGAGCUCACCCCUGAAGAAAUAACCCAAUUCGCCAGACUUGAUGUUGACCCAUCCACGAUCACGUGGAACCGCGUUAUCGAUACCAAUGACCGGUUCUUGCGCAAAAUCACUGUUGGUCAAGGAGCAGCAGAGAAGGGACACGAACGGGAAACCGGGUUUGAUAUUGCUGUCGCCAGUGAAUGCAUGGCAGUUCUUGCCCUGACGACGGGUUUGAAGGAUAUGCAGGCACGGUUGGGUGCGAUGGUCGUGGCAACUAGCAAGCAGGGCAAGCCAAUAACAGCGGACGAUAUUGGUGUCUCUGGGGCUCUGGCUGUUUUGCUUAAAGAUGCCAUCAAGCCCAAUCUGAUGCAAACCUUGCAGGGGACACCGGUAUUUGUUCAUGCUGGGCCGUUUGCUAACAUUGCCCACGGAAACUCUUCAAUCCUCGCGGAUCAGAUCGCCUUGAAGCUCGCCGGUACUGAGGAGGGCGAUUCGUCUGAUCGCGUUGGCUAUGUUUUGACCGAAGGUGGUUUUGGCGCAGACAUGGGCAUGGAGAAAUUCUGCAACAUCAAGUGCCGAAUCAGUGGCCUUAAACCCAAUGCGACAGUGAUUGUUGCAACGACGCGAGCACUGAAAAUGCAUGGUGGUGGUCCCGAAGUCACCCCUGGCAAGCCGUUGCACGCAACGUAUACGCAAGAGGAUCUUGUUACCCUCAAGGAGGGCUGCAAGAACCUUGUCAGGCAUAUUCACAAUUGUCGCAAACUCGGAGUCAAGGUUCUUGUGGCAAUCAACCGCUUCGCGUCAGACACCGACGCUGAACUUGCGUUGAUCAGGGAGGAGGCGCUCAAAGGAGGUGCUGAUGCUGCUGUUGUCAGCAAUCAUUGGGCGGAGGGUGGCGCUGGGGCUCGAGAGUUGGCGGAAGCCGUCAUUGCGACAUGUGAAGGCGAAUCCAACUUCAAGUUCUUAUACGAUCUAGAACUUCCUCUCGAGGAAAAGAUUGCCAUUAUUUCGAAAGAAAUAUACGGCGCAGAUGGGAUCGAGCUCAGUGACUUGGCCAAGACUCAGCUCGCGACAUAUACGGCGCAAGGGUACGCUAACCUAACCAUCUGCAUGGCCAAGACACAAUAUUCGUUCUCCCACGACCCCAAACUGAAAGGGGUCCCGUCGGGCUUCACGAUUCCCAUUCGGGAGGUCCGUUUGUCUGCUGGUGCUGGAUUCCUCUACCCAAUCCUGGGUGAUAUGGCCACUAUGCCUGGCCUUGGCACGCGCCCCGGCUUCUGGGAAGUGGGAAUUUCCGAGACCGGAGCCGUGCAGGGUCUUUUCUAG